CGUUCUAUGCCAACCAUACAAAUCAAUUCUCUUCUUCUCCUUGCUCUUCUUGCUCAUUCUCUUUUUCUUCAGAUUUAAUCCUCAUAUAUAUUUGGCUUUGCAAAAGUUUUUUUUUUUUUUUUUUUUUUUUUUUUAAGGAAAGUUUUUCAACGUUUGUAAGGUGGGGUUGAUUAUUUUUAGGAAUGGAAGAAAAACAAAAGUUGUUAAUGAGUAGUGGAGGCCUAAAAUUGCCCAUCGGCUACAGAUUUCGGCCGACCGAUGAAGAGCUCGUGGUUCAUUACCUGAAGAGGAAGGUCUUUUCCAUUCCUUUGCCUGCUUUGGUCAUUCCUGACUUCGAUGUCUUCCAAACUGAUCCUUGGACCUUGCCAGGUGAAGUGAAGGAAAAGAGGUACUUUUUUCACAAGCAAAAGAGGGAUGUUAAUAUUAUGAGCAAGAAGAGAGUUAAUGCUGGUUCUGGCUACUGGAAACCCAUUGGGAAGGAGAGGCUAAUCGUGGCUUCUGAGUUGAACAACCAACCAGUUGGAAUCAGGAAAACCAUGGUGUUUUGUGGAGGAAACCGUCCUGAUAAUCAUCAUCAUCAUAAUCAUCGCUGGCUCAUGCAUGAAUUUCACCUUGUCCGUCCUGGACCAACUCCUAACUCAGUUCAUCUGAUAUCUUCAAUGGAGUUGAAGGAGUGUUGGGUUGUAUGUGGAGUGUUUCAGAAGAAGAGACGGCCAAAGAAGAAAAAUGGGACAAACAGCGAGAGAAAGCAUAUCAUGAUGACUGAGGUUACCAGGCCAAAAUGUUCUGUGGGCCCACCUACGCCUUCGUUGUCAAGUUGUAGUGGAAUCACUGAGGUCUCUACGUUGAUCAAUGGCGCUAUAGAUUAUGAUUAUGAUGAUGAUCAGGAAGAAAGCAGUUCAAAGAUAAAUAUUAGUCAUUCUGAUGAUAAUAAGCCCUAGCUAAUUGUGAUAGAGAUAGGCCAUAUUAGAGCUACUUUCUGAUCCAACUGUAAUGCAACAAGUUAAAAAUUAACGAGAGCUUUUGAAGUGAAAUAGAGAGAAAGAGGGACAAAAACAAACAAAAGAGAAUUUGCUUUGUGAGAGGUUGUGCUUUUCUUCAUGAAGCAAAUCAAUGUUCCAUCUGAUAAUGAUCAUAUUUUCUCCUUUUUCUUUUUCCCUUAACACCUUUCUAUAUUUAGCUUAAUCUAAUUCCAUAUAAUGAUGACGUUGAUUGUUUCCUCA